CGAAAUAGUAGUGAAAAGAGAUUUGUUACUAGAAGUAUGAUCAGAUGCACCUGAAUCAAUGACCCAAGACUCAGAGGUUGAAGAUUGGGAGACACAAGUCACACUACUAUCUGUUUGAACAACGGAAGCUAUCCUUGAAGAUGUCUGUUUACAUGCUUUGUACUGAAGGAACUCAAUAUAAUCCGGUAAAGAAACCAUCUGGAUUGGAUUCAAUGAAUUGGAUCCAACGGACUAUGAGUUAAAGGCUUCUGAUACGAAUGCCAUUAUAACGUUGCGCCGGGAAAAGCAGAAAUUUUAUGGAAAAAUCACUGCUCACGCUGGAAAAUAUAAAAGUGGUCGGAAUUUGAUUUAAACUUGAAUGAAAAGACUCGGAAUAACCUCCUGAGUAAUCUGUCCAAAAGAAGUUUCGCCGGAAAAAUCAUUGUAGCUGCCGGAAAGUCAGUGUAGUUGCCGGAAAAUCUCAAAGUGACCGGAAUAAAAAGAAAAAGGUAUGGGUAGGCUCGGAAUUACUAGGCGAUCUGACUGUUCAACAGAAACUUUUCCAAACUCUAGCCGGAAUAGGGCUAAUGCGCCGGCGCGUGGAUCAGAUCUCGCAGGAUUUUUUUCUUCUUUUUCGGCGUGUGAGGGCGCGUGGAUGUGAGUUUUCCGGUGGGAUUGACAGGUGUUUGGUUGUCUGAGCCUGAGGAGUCUUGUGGUGGUGUUGGUUUUUGCACAACACCAAUGAAAAGUAAUUUGCUUGCAGACAGCCUUCUAAGUCGCCAAAAAAUUGCACGGCGACGAGGUCUUUCUUCCUGGAAGUCGCUGAAAUGAUGCAUAGCGAUAAGUUUCUUAGUAAUGCUCUGAUACCAUAUGAGAAAGCACGGGAGAAAGCAUUAUUAAUUAAUUGAAGUAUUGUACAACGCCCUAUUUAUAUACAAUGAUUACAUAAUAAUAGGUUUCGACUUCCUGAUGUGGGACACUAUACCUGACUAACUGCUUAACAGUUUUCUUGAUAGUGUUGCAGAAAUGCAAAGGACAUAUGGACUGCAAUAUUUGCAAGGUGUUCUCCUCUCUCCUAAAGGUAAGCUUAACUAUAACAAGUGUAUAUGAAGGCAUGGAAAUCAUGAGGAAGCGGCUGCGCUCAAUGAAGGUUUUGAUCAUUCUUGAUGAUGUAAAUCAGAAAGGCCAAUUAGAAAUGUUAGUUGGAAGGCAUGAUUGGUUUGGUAGUGGUAGUAGAAUUUUGAUUACAACAAGAGAUAAACAGUGGUUAGAUAACCAUAUAGUGGAUGAAGUGUAUUCAGUCAACAUGACUCAAGAAGGAGUAGAAUAUGGCUUCCUGAGGACAUCGAGGAUCUGUUUACUGGAAAUUUCGAAGCAGAAGCUGUGGAGGGACUAUGGAUACCAAGGAAUUACAUACCAAAACAGGUUAUUUCAUAUUACAACAUUAGUGAAGCAUUUAGGAGAAUGAAAAGAUUAAGGGUACUUGUAGUUAGAGCAACAAAUUUCUGCUCUAUUGACCCGAUUACUCAUCUUCCUAGCAGCUUAAGGUGGCUUGAUUGGGACAGUUGCCCUCUAAAUUCAUAGCCACAGAGUUUUGAACCAUCAAAUCUUCUUCGCCUGGAUACACUUGAAAGUACUACACUUCAGAAACUCUGGUUAAUUUCGAAUGUAUGAUUGUUACCAUCCCUUCCCUUUGGCAUUCUUAUUCCAUGUUCUUUUAAGCUAAAUCAAUCCACCUGCGGAAUGUUAUCACAUAAUUAUAGUUUCUUUCCAUUCUAAAUACGGUUUGAACAAACUAAAAACUUUGUCCCUCAGCUAUUGUGAGCAAUUGGAAGAAAUUCCAAGCUUUGAAAUGAUGCCAAAUUUUGAGAGAGUAAAGCUAGAGGGAUGUAAGAGUUUGAGAGAAGUCAGUCCACAUUCGGAGUUCUCAUGAAGCUCACUUCACUGGAGCUAAUCGGUUGUCAGAGCCUUGAGAAGCUUCCAAGUUAUGUUCAGAUGGGAUCCCUUACGAGUCUCAAACUUUCUUGUCUUCCAAAGUUGAGGGAAUUACCAGAAACCAAGGGGUUGCACCGUUUAUUGACAUUAGAGCUAGCUGAUUGUCAGAGCCUUGAGAUGCUUCCUAAGUUGUAACCCGAUGGAAUCCCUUGAGACUGUCAAAUUUUCAUGCCUUCCAAAAAAAAUAUCGUUGCCAGCAACCGACGGGAUGCACCAUUUUAUUGGAACUUGUUAUAGAAUAUACUCCGAUUGUAGAGCUUCCAGUGUCAAUUGGAAAUCUUGUUUCCCUCAAACAGUACGGUUAAGUCAUUGUAAAGAUCUGUUAAGCAUUCCAAACAGCUUUUCUUCUCUGAAGAAUCUAAGGGUUCUUGUGAUCUACACUGCAAAAGACUUGCAGAUUUGCCAGAAAAGAUGGUGACUUGAAACUGUUAGAGAAGCUAGUAGUAUCUGGUACUGCAAUUUCCAGAAUACCCCCUUCAUUUGCAGGCCUUGGUGAACUAAGCUUUUUAUCAUUCCCUCACUGGUUUGGAUACAGAGAAGAUGCAAAUUUUCUUUUACCAUGGUCGUUUAGGGUGUUAAAGCUUAAUAAGCACACACUAUGUAGUGAAAACAUUUUCAGGAUCUUGGAUGCUUAUCUUCUUUGGCUCACUUGGAUUUGACUAAAACUGAUUUCAUAAGUUUCAAUGAAAGCAACAAUCAGAGCUUUCAUUAUCUAGAUAUAACAAUUUGUGAGAAGCUUGUAUUGCCCAAACUUCCAGCAUGCAUAAAGGAGUUAUAUGCAUAUGAUCCUCUAGUCUUGAAAAGCAUCCCUGAUUUCCCCACCAUUCAGAGCUGUAUUCAGUGUCAUUCACUCAGCAUAUUGAGAAUAGAGGUGAACUGAUUGAUAUCUUGCAAUUUGUCCUCCGCUUAAUUAGUAUGGCAUCUAGUGUGAGAAAAGGCUACCAUUUAGCAUUUUUUCCCCUGGAGAUAUAAGAUGGAGGGGGUUCAAUUAUUAUCGAAAAGAACAUACAAAAAGAUUCUCCAUUCCACUUGAUCCAUGUUGGUAUGAGAGUAAAUUCAAAGGAUUUGUUAUAUGCUUUCGUGUCCCAUUAGAUACUGCUCAGAACCAGAAACCUUUGGAUACUAAAUCACGAAGAGGAAGUCACUGGUUCGGUUGUACUAAGGUUACAGCCUAGUUAGUGCAAAGAUAUGGCAGGCAAGAACAAGUUGUAUUCCAGAAAAAAUGUUUGAUUGUUGCUUGCCAAACAUUUUUCUCUCAUAGUAGUAAAUACACCAUUUGCUUUAGCUACAUAACUUUUGUAGCACUAUGGCAUACUUCUGAUAGUGAAAAGGGGAAGAAGCCAAAUGACUAUUGCUUAUUUGAGGCAUCUAUAGACCCAGGCAUUGCAACAAAAUGGGGACUUCUUCUGGUGUAUGAGAAUAAAAUUCAACAGAUAGAUCAAUCAACCAUUGCGGUCCAACGUGGUGUGAAGUCUCCGAGUUCUGACCUGUUGAGAGAAUCUAAUGAUGACCAAUGCCAGGAAGCAGAGAUGAUAUGGUUUCAUUUGAAGCUGAAACUUCCCAAAAAAUUCCUGAUCAACAAUUGGAAACAUCAUGCUCUUCUGCAGCUCAAAGCUUCCAACACAGGGAAGUGUCAUGCUCUUCCGGACAGCCCCAAACUUUACAGAUCUCUUUAGCUGAUCGACAAGUUGAUGAAGUGAUAAAUGAGGCUACCUCCUAUAUGUUAGAGACUCUGAGUGCUGGAUACAAUCGUCUUCAAGGCAAUAUUCCCAAAGAGAUCGGCAACCUUCAAAAUCUAAAAGAGUUGGUUUUAGUCAGUAACCAACUUACUGGCUCUAUCCCCUUCUCCAUUUUGAACAUCUCUUCUUUGGAGACUUUAGCUCUCACAUAUAAUCAAUUAUCAGGAAGUCUUCCUGUAGAUAUCUGCAGCCGUCUUCAAAGAAUCAAAAGCAUUUCAAUAAUUUCCAACCAAUUGAGUGGUCACAUUCCAGAAGGUUUAUCGAAUUGCUCAGAACUGUAUGACUUGGCUUUGUCCUAUAAUAAGCUCAGCGGGACCAUUCCACCGGAACUUGGAAAGUUGGAAAUGCUUGAGUUAUUAAGCCUUGGGGGAAAUAACUUAGAAGGCAUAAUUCCAGAUACAAUUGGAAAUUUACGAAAAUUGCAGAAAUUGCAACUUGAGAACAACCACUUAGUGGGUUCAAUACCGCGCACCAUAUUCAACAUGUCAUCACUAUGGUUGCUUAAUUUCAACACCAACAAUUUAUCUGCAGGUGUUAUACCUAGAGAGAUUGGGAAUCUUCAAAAAUUGGAGUUACUUUACUUGCAAUUCAAUAAAUUAAGUGGUUCCUUACCGGAAGAGCUCUUCAAUAUUUCUACGCUAAGAGGGAUGGCACUUUCUUACAAUAACUUUUCGGGUAGUCUUCCAUCUGCUUUAGGCUACUGGCCAACAACUCUACAGUAUUUGCAUCUUGGUGAAAACAACAUUGGUGGAGUUAUACCCAACUCAGUGUUCAAUUCUUCAAAUCUAAAGGAAUUAAUACUUGAUGAUAACAGAUUCAGCGGCGCAAUUCCUAACUCGUUAGGGGAUUUGAGACAGCUUGAACGUUUGCGCUUGUUCCGUAAUAACUUAACAUUUCCACAACUAAGUAUCUUUGCUUCCUUGGCAAACUGCAGAUCUUUGAGAGAGAUAGAUUUGUCGGAUAAUCCUCUUAAUGGUGUUCUUUCAGAUUCCAUUGGCAAUCUCUCCACUUCUCUUGAACUGUUUGAUUUACGUCAUUCUGAAAUUAGUGGCCAGAUACCAUUAGGAAUUGGGAAUUUAAGUAACUUAACUGAUUUGUACCUAUUAGACAAUGAUUUGACUGGAUCAGUGCCUAGCACAUUCUGUGAUCUACACAAUCUUCAAAGGUUAUAUCUUCACCAGAAUAGAUUAAUUGGACCCUUGCCGGAAUGCCUCUGCAAUUUGCCGGUGUUGGGCAUGGUAUCUUUGUCAUAUAAUCAAAUUUCGGGUCCGAUACCGUAUUGCAUUGGUAACGUUACCUCUUUGAGAAAUAUUUAUCUAAAUUCAAAUAGGCUCACUAAGAUACCUAUGAGUUUAUGGAGCCUCAAAGAUCUUGUGGAGCUUGACUUGUCGAAUAAUUCUUUGGUUGGUUCUUUACCUCCAGAUUUUGGAAAUUUGAAUGCCAUAACAUUCUUAGAUUUGUCAAGGAAUCACAUUUCAGGAAGUGUUCCGAGCACAGUGGGGGACUUGCAGAAACUACUUUAUCUUUCUGUGGCUUAUAACGAGUUACAAGGAUCUAUUCCUGAGUCACUUGGAAAAAUGUUAAGUUUGGAGUCGGUGAAUCUAUCCAAUAACUAUCUUUCAGGUAUGAUUCCAAAAUCAUUAGAGGCACUUCAAUAUGUAAAGCAUUUCAAUGUAUCAUUCAAUAGAUUAGAAGGUGAAAUCCCAAGUAAAGGACCAUUUGUCAAUUUCACCUCUCAAUCUUUUAUGGGAAAUGAAGAGUUAUGUGGUGGUUUCCUUUUCUUACCUUGUAAGAAUAGGUCCGUUCAUCAAUCGCGGAGAAACAAAGUUCUUCUGAUUGUACUUAUCCCACUGGCAGUUUUAUUGAUGGGAUUAGGUUCAAUUAUUCUUUUCAUGUUAAAGAGACGUGGGAAUAGAAAUAUUCCAACUCAAGUCGAAUCUUUACCUGCAACAACAACACCAACCAGGAUUUCAUAUAUUGAAAUUGAAAGGGCAACUCAAGGGUUCGACCAAUGCAACUUGCUAGGCCGUGGAGGUUUUGGCUCUGUUUACAAGGGCAUGUUUUCAAAUGGGAUGGUUUUGGCCAUCAAAGUGUUUACCUUACAAUCUGAAGUUGCAUUCAAGAGUUUUGAUCUUGAAUGUGAAGUUUUGCGCAACCUUCGCCAUAGAAAUCUCACCAAAGUUAUCAGCAGUUGUUCCAACAUGGAUUUUAAAGCAUUACUACUAGAGUACAUGCCUAAUGGCAGCUUGGAGAAAUGGUUACAUUCUGAUGAUUACUUCCUGGACAUAAUCCAAAGAUUAGACGUAAUGAUUGAUGUGGCAUCUGCUCUGGAAUAUCUCCACCAUGGUUGCUCAACAGUUAUUGUACAUUGUGACUUGAAGCCUAGUAAUGUCUUGCUAGACGAAAAGUUGGUUGGACAUGUGAGUGACUUUGGCAUGGCAAAGUUAUUGGGAGAAGGGGAAUCUAUUGUUCAUACUAAAACACUUGCUACAAUGGGUUACAUUGCACCAGAGUAUGGAUCAGUAGGGUUAGUUUCUACAAGCUGUGAUGUAUAUAGCUAUGGCAUUAUGCUUAUGGAAACUUUCACAAGAAAAAAUCCAUACAACGAAAUGUUUCAAGAAAACUUGAGCAUGAGGAGUUGGGUAUGUAAUUCACUACCUGUAGCACCAGAGGAUAUUAUUGAUGUCAGUUUAUUGGAAUCUGAAAAGAUUGGUUUUAAGAAAAAGUUGCAUUGUGUGUCUGCUAUAUUGGAGUUGGCAUUGAAUUGUACAGCGGAAUCUCCUAAUGAGAGGUUGAACAUGAAAGAUAUCCUGGCAAAUAUCAAGAAGAUCAAACUUGCAUUUCUUCGCGAAUGUGAUGAUGCUCCAAACAUGCCAUUCUUGCUCAACCCAAAACAAAAGAGAGGAGGAUAAUUGAUUCAGUUUUUUAUUAUAUGGAGAGCCUCAUAUUUAUUUAGAGCUUCGAGUUUGCAAAAGCCUAUCAGUAAAAGGAGGAAAGAAAGACCAACUCUGUAGAAGAAAUGACAAAACGAAGCUCAUCAACAUAUCGCUGAACUAGGGGCAUAGCUAGGGGGACGCAAGGGGUUCAUCGGAAUAUCUCUUCGCCAAAAUAUGACCUGGAUAUAUAAUAAGGUCAAAAUUAUUUUUUUAUGUAUGUAUAGUAGAUUUUUCAAUCCCUUUGGCUUCUUCAUGUAUUUACUUUUUAAUAUUUUGAAUCCCCUAAACUCAAAUAUAGGUAGCAAUGUACAUAUUAAAAUUCCCUCGCAGUUAUACUUAGUGAAUCAAAGGCUUAACGAUCUUCACUUUUA